UUAUUAUGAGUCUUUGAUACUUUGCUCGAACAACGACGAUUUGCUUAAAAGCUUACGCUGAUGUAUUUAGUUAGUGAAACAUGUCAGUUUGCAAAGCCGAUCCCUGGCAAGUGAAAAAUAAUAGCAGUAAACCAGAAAACGGAAAUACCGACGUGAUUGAAAAAUUCGAAGAUAAUUUCAACCCCAAUAAAUCAGAGAGCAGACGCACAUCAGAUAUCGUCUACAGCAAAACCGAGAGUAAUGCUUCAGGCUCACAACGCAUCGAGCCGCUGCCGGAUUCGGCAAAUUAUUUGCAAUUGCUAGAGCGAAAACUGGAGAAAGUGCAAAAGGGCAACAAAUUGUUGGACUCGCUGCAGGAGAAGAAAGAGGAUUGCAUGCGCUCCUUGCUGGCCUCGAACGGUGUGCCAGAAUCUACGCUCGAGCAACUGCUCGAUUUUGAUACGCCUAUCGAGAGCGGUCGGCUGCAUCGUCACCUGCUGCCCGUGCAGGCGGUAACUGUAGGCGAAACAUUGCAGAUCGUGCAAUACGACGCUCUCGAGGAACAGGAACAGCAAGUCGAGCAAGGUCAACAAGAAAAGCAGCAAGACGAGACGGAAAAAUAAAUUAACUAAACCUAAUAAUAAUGGACUCUACGUUUGGCAAUGUGUUCCUGUUCCUCACCGAUUUGGCUUGGAAGAGUCGUUUGACAAUACCAUUGCUGGUCACAACAGCUUUCCUGGUCAUGGACAUACGCUUGCAGAUCGAGAUUAACAUCCAGACGGGACAAGUGAAUGCCAGCGACCUUGAUGAGCCGGACGACGCUUUCGAGGAACAAUUGGCGCAUGGCGCAGCGUUUGCAAUGGAAGAGGAGAGCGACGUCUAUACGGAUGAUCUCGAGGAGUAUAAUAGCGAGUAUACCAACGGAGAUGGUAACAGCAGCGACACGUCACGUUACAGCGUGGAUAUCGACGAUGACUUGGGCUCCGAGUACGACGUCGAGAAUGAUCUCGAUGCUUACUAUGCGAGCGAAAUUCACUUCUAGCUAGACUACUUCGAAUAUAAAUUUUAAGAGUAAUAUAUGUACAUGUUAGAAGCUAAUAUCUGUAGAUUUUAGAUGUAUAUGCAUAUAGCCCCAAUAUUACGUAUUUGUAUAUUUCGGUGUAAUCACAAUUUUGAAACCAGUUCAAGCCAAAA